GGUCCCGCUGGUCGUGGGUAUGGACUGGCAGUAUUGGACGAGAAUACCGAGCUUGAUGCCGAGACAGGCCACACCCGCGCUUACUCCAGUGCGGCGGAAAGCAACGACGACGAUGAGCUUCCAGAGUUGGUCCACUAUCGUGACGUUGACAAUUCACACCUCGAGCAAACGGACUCACAGGUGACGAGAAGUUCGGAAGAGACACCCACGCACGCGCAUCAACCAGUUGAGUAUCUUCCUCCUACCGACUGCCCUCUGGCAAUGGUUGGCUCGGAGAGAAACGGUGUGGAAACGAGAUCUGGAGAUACCGCGCAACCCGACCCAACCAGUGACUUGGUGGUUUAG